CAACAGCUCCACCAUGAAAGUUUUGGUUCUAUUGGCUGCUCUGGCAGGCAUUGCCGCCGCUGUUGAUUACUGUGCUCUGCCCACUUGCCUGGACAAGCACAUUGCCUGCAAUAAUAAGGGAAAUUUUAGCGAACUAUGCCCCAAGGAUGUGCGUCCCGUGAAGAUCGAUGCCCAUCAGAAAUUGAUUCUUUCGCUGUUCAAUGAGCUGCGCAACAAGGUCGCCGGCGGCGGUAUCGAGAAUCUGCCCAAGGCGGCACGCAUGGCUAAGAUGUCCUGGUGUGAGGAGCUAACCCACUUGGCGCUGUUCAAUGUGAAGACCUGCCAGUCGCUAAAGGACAAGUGCCGUAGUACCGAACGCUUUGCCUAUGCUGGCCAAAACAAUGCCAUUUUCAGCUACAGCGGUGCCGAAUCGGAGUACACCGAUGCUGAGAUCAUUAAGGAGCAAAUUGAGAAUUGGUUUGCCGAACGCACCAAUGCAUCUCCUGAAAUUCUGGCCAGUUUCCCCGAGGAGCUGCCCAACAAGGGAGUUGCCAAAUUCACCAUCGCUGUCGCUGAGAAGAAUACACAUGUGGGUUGUGCCGCGGUGCGCUUUUCCCGCGACUAUUACAACCACUUCGUCCUGACCUGCAACUUUGCCACAACAAAUGUGAUCGGACAGCCGGUGUAUACACCCGGCGAGCGUGCCACCUCUGGUUGCAAGAAUCGCUACGGCGCCGCCUUUGACUACCCCAAUCUGUGCUAUGCCAAGGAAAUCUACGACAAUGAGAAAAUUGUGCCCGACAUCAGGGUGUUCUAAGUGUGCCCACUAGCAAUAUAUAUGUUUAUGUAUAUAUAUCCAAACAAGCAAAUAAAUCGUUGACGACCUGAGAAUGAC